UUUGUCCGGCGGGGCGGGCGCUGCUGCCGCGUCCUCGGAGGCGCGUCCCGGACGCUGGAGAGACGCCGGAGGGCUCCAGGCAGCCUUUCCCGGCUGGGGCAGAGAGAGAGAGAGAGAGACGGCGGGGAGAGACGGCUGAGCCCGCGGGCGCCUGGAUGGCGUCCCUGCCCGCCGCCCCCGCGGGCGCCCCCGAGCCCAUCCAGCCGGCCGCCCCCCCUGCCAGCCCCGCCGGGGUCUCCUUCCAGCUGCAGAUCGGGCUGACCCGCGAGUACGUCCUGCUGCCCGCCGCCUGCGACCUCGCCCACGUCAAACAGCUGGCCUGCUCCAUCGUGGACCAGAAGUUUCCUGAGUGCGGGUUUUAUGGCCUCUACGAUAAAAUCCUGCUGUUCAAACAUGACGCUUCAACAACCAAUAUUUUACAACUGGUUCGAGCCGCCUCUGACAUUCAGGAGGGUGACUUGGUAGAGGUGGUUCUCUCAGCCUCGGCUACCUUUGAGGACUUCCAGAUCCGUCCGCAUGCUCUCAAUGUCCACUCCUACCGGGCACCGGCGUUCUGCGACCACUGUGGAGAGAUGCUUUUCGGUUUGGUCCGCCAAGGCCUCAAAUGUGACGGUUGCGGCCUGAACUACCACAAACGUUGCGCCUUCAGCAUCCCCAACAACUGCAGCAGCGCCAGGAAACGCCGCCUCUCGUCCACCUCGCUGGCCAACUCGCAGUCCUUGCGCCUGUCCACCACAGAAUCCUUGCCCUGCGUCCCGGACGAGCUGAGCCGGAGUUCCACAGAGAUUUUUCCCCGCCGCCUGACCUCCUGCACCUACAUUGGCCGCCCCAUCGAGCUGGACAAGCUCUUUCUCUCCAAGGUGAAGGUGCCCCACACCUUCCUCAUCCACUCCUACACCCGCCCCACCGUCUGCCAGUACUGCAAGAAGCUCCUGAAGGGGCUCUUCCGCCAGGGCCUGCAGUGCAAAGAUUGCAAAUUCAACUGUCACAAGCGUUGUGCGACCCGGGUGCCCAAUGAUUGUCUGGGAGAGGCAUCCUUUAACGGUGGCGAUGUGUCGAUGGAAGAAUCGAGUGAUCUCAGCGAGGCGGAUAAAAACUCGCUCAUGGACGAGUCCGACGAUUCGGGGAUCGUCCCGGGGUCUCAUUCGGAGAACGAGCUGCGCAUGGACGAAGACGCGGAGAGCCUCCAGAAGUCCCAAAGCUCCAUGGGGUACAUCCCCCUGAUGCGUGUGGUACAGUCGGUCCGCCAGACAACGCGGAAAUCCAGCACGGCGCUGAAGGAAGGCUGGAUGGUGCAUUUCAGCAACAAGGACACCUUGCGGAAACGUCAUUACUGGCGGCUGGACAGCAAGUGCCUCACCCUCUUCCAGAACAACAAUAGCAACCGCUACUACAAGGAGAUCCCGCUGUCCGAGAUCUUGACGGUGGAGGUGGCUCAGGACCUCUCCCUCCUGCCACCCGGCGCCAAUCCUCACUGCUUCGAAAUCGUCACCGCCAACGCCACCUACUACGUGGGCGAGAACGGCGCCCCCAGCAACCCCCAGCAUGGCGGGGAUGGCCUGGAACACGCCAAGGCCUGGGAGAUGGCCCUCCGUCAAGCCCUCAUGCCCGUCGUCCUGCAGGGGGUGCCGGCUGCCCAGGGGCAGCCCCCACACAGACAAGCGUCUUUGAGGAUCUCCGUGUCCAACAGCCAAAUCCAGGAGAACGUGGACAUCGCCACCGUCUACCAGAUCUUCCCGGAUGAGGUCUUGGGCUCCGGGCAGUUUGGUGUGGUCUACGGAGGUAAACCCAACUGGUGGGCUUGGCUUUGUCAACUCAUCCAAUAUUUCUAUGUUGUUUCUUCUGGACAUUUCCUGUCCCCUCAGGUCCUGGUUGCCCUCCGACAUCUGCAUUUCAAGAACAUCGUCCACUGCGACCUGAAGCCUGAAAAUGUCCUCCUGGCGUCCGCCGAGCCCUUUCCGCAGGUGAAGCUGUGCGACUUCGGCUUUGCCCGCAUCAUUGGGGAGAAAUCCUUCCGGCGUUCGGUGGUGGGCACUCCGGCGUACCUGGCCCCGGAGGUGCUACUCAACCAGGGCUACAACCGCUCACUGGACAUGUGGUCGGUGGGCGUCAUCAUGUACGUCAGCCUGAGUGGCACCUUCCCGUUCAACGAGGACGAGGACAUCAAUGACCAGAUCCAGAACGCCGACUUCAUGUACCCACACAACCCGUGGCGACAGAUCUCGGUCGGAGCCAUCGACCUGAUCAACAACCUGCUGCAGGUGAAGAUGAGGAAACGUUACAGUGUGGAUAAGUCACUCAGCCACACUUGGCUACAGGAUUACCAGACCUGGCUGGACCUCCGAGAGCUGGAGACCCGGAUGGGUGAGCGCUACAUAACCCACGAGAGCGACGACGCCCGCUGGGAGCACUUCGCGGCCGAGCACAGCCUGCAGUACCCCGAGCACCUGCGCGUUCGCCGGCUGCAGGAGGAAGAGGAGGAGGAGGAGGAAGAGGAGGCCGGAGAACAGGAGAUGGAAAUGCAAGGCUUGGCCGAGAGGGUCAGCGUCCUCUGAAGGCCUGCUGCAGGACGCAGAAGGACCCAAAAACUGGAAGGAGGACCUUGACUGGAGCAAUCCCGGCCUCGUCUUGAAUUCGCACUCAACACCUUCCCAACAAACUCAUUUCUGGAGGUUGGAAAAUAACAAAAAGAAAUGGAACCUAUUGGAACAUUUUUGGCUGCUCCGGGGCCACAAUUACUAAGACUUGCAACAGCCACGUUUAAGAAGACCAGAGGUGGCAUUCAGCCGGUUCAGACUGGUUCCGACGAACCGGUAGCAAAAAUUUUUGAGUAGUUCUGAGAACUAGCAAAUACCACCUCUGGCUGGCAACCACCCACCUGCCCUCUUUCUUGUCCUAAAGACCCACAAUGGGUGAGGUAGUCAUGCAGAAUGGGUAGAGGGUCCCCCGAACCCCAGGAGAGAGCCCUGCAUUCAUUCUUUCCUCCACUCCUUUUGAUGGGGGUGUGUGUGUGUGAGAGAGACUUCCUUUGCAGGUUGCAUCUGCCUAGUUUGAACCCUUUGCAACAACAGUGCUGGGUUAACGCAACAACGGCCAGUUUUCUUCAUUCUAGGACCGAUGGGAGCUACAGAUUGUGGGUCCCCCCCACUCAUCCAGGGGUGCAGGGGCAACUUUGGGGGGAUGUAAAGGAACAUCGGAGAUGUUUCAAGGUGGAGGUUGAACCUUGAAGACCAGCAGUGAUGGUUUCUUUGAUGAAGGUUCUUGGUUGAAUGAAGAUUCUUUUGGGGGGAGAGGACCUCUUAAUACCGGGGUCUCCAAACUUGGUCACUUUAGACUUGUGGACUUCAACUCCCAGAAUUCCCCAGCCAGAAACAUGCAGUAGGCAGAAAGAUGCCGGCUGAGGAAUUCUGAGAGUUGAAGUCCACAAGUCUUAAAGUUGCUCAAUUUGGAGACCUCCCUAGUAUAAUAAAUCUGAGUGGGAGUUGGUCUCUUCGAUCACUGAAUCGGUGUUUCUUGAGCUUGGCCACUUGAAGCAAGGUGGACUUCAACUCCCAGAAUUCCCCAGCAGGAAACAUGCGGCAGGCAGAAAGAUGCUGGCUGGGGAAUUCUGGG